GUAUUCUUGGAACGGAAUGCAUUUUGGAUGUAAAAAUAGAGGUGCAGAGGAAUAUCAGCUGGGGGAUGCAAGCUUGGGGUGAAUUGCAGACUAUAAUAAACAACAAUCAGGUAGAGUGAGGGUGGUGGAAGGAUGUUUCUAGGCAGGCGUAUAGAAUAAUAGUUGGAGCGAGCGUAUAAGGGGGGAGAGAGCGCUGCCAGAAGGUUAGGUUGUCAAACAAGAUUCGACGUCACGUCAGCUGUUCCUGGCAGAAGAAGCAGCAGCAGCAGCGCAGCAGAAGCAGAACCACCACCAUCUCCGUCGUCGCAGCCACCUCUACCAUAUUGCUUUAACGGACGGUGGCGACGACCACGACGACGGCUUUCCUGUCCGCAAUUAUUAUUAUGUCAGAGAGCGACGCCGCCCCGUCGAGCAGCGAGAACGUCGCCGCAGAGGCGGCAGAGACCAACCAGACCAACAACGCGCCGGAAAAAAUGGAGGAAUUCGCUGAGCCGGACACCAAGCGCCGCAAGAUCUCCACCACGGUAAAGAUUAUCGAAGACAAGCGAUACAAAUUGGAGGAACGUCUAGGUGGAAUCCUCUGCUGCGCAGUCUGUCUGGAUCUGCCCAGAUCAGCCGUCUAUCAGUGUCUGAAUGGGCAUCUGAUGUGUGCUGGAUGUUUUACUCAUCUGCUCGCCGAUGCACGGUUGAGGGACGAGACGGCGACGUGCCCCAAUUGCCGGGUGGAAAUCAGCAAAACCUCGGCCACGAGGAAUCUGGCGGUGGAGAAUGCCGUCUCCGAAUUGCCAUCCGAAUGCCAGUACUGCAAUAAGCAGUUUCCGAGAAACUCUUUGGAGAGACACGAGGAGACCCAAUGCGAAGAGAGGAUAUCUGGCUGCAAGUUCAGCCGGAUCGGAUGCCCUUGGCGAGGUCCGUUGCACGAGAGUAGACAGCAUGAAACUGAAUGUACGCACCCGAAUCGCACCGGGGCGGAGGUCAUGGAUGCUCUUCAGGUGAUGGAUCAGAAGCUCGCAGACGAGCGAGUCCUCUAUGACAGUAUCUUCGAUUUGCUGGCCUUCGAGAAGAUCACAUUCAAUGAUCUGCAGUUGAAGCCGUACCGAACCGACGAGUUCGUCCAUCGACUGUUCUAUGAAACUUCGCGGUUCUCCGCGUUCAACAAUCAAUGGGUGGUCAAGGCUAGGAUCAACAACAGCCAGAAGGAUCCCACUCAGAGUUCCGAACGCGACAUGACCUACCAAUUGAUAUUGAAAACAAAAGCUACCACCACGUUGAGCAUAUAUUAUAUUAUGCUGAAAGGACCGUUCGGCGACAUGAAGGUCCAACCGAGGAUCUACAAGCACGAUUUUUCCGAGCUGGAAAACGAGGGUCCCUACAUGCCACUCUCAUUACCUGAUACAGCCGAAUGUAAUAGGUUGCUGGCAGCUAAAACAAUAAAUUUCAGGUUAAUUAUGUUUCUAUCGUCGAAGUAAGAAACGCAAAAGAAAACCAAAUCGACUAAACACCACA